AUGGAGCAAGCGGUUUUGGAUGACAUAAUCAAUCGGCUCCUUGAAGUUCGUAGCCGGCCCGGGAAGCAGGUUCAGUUGUCGGAGGCGGAGAUCCGUCAGCUCUGUGCAGCUGCCAGAGAGAUUUUUUUGCAUCAACCUAAUUUAUUGGAACUUGAAGCACCUAUUAAGAUUUGUGGUGACAUACAUGGUCAAUAUUCUGAUCUUCUAAGGCUUUUUGAGUAUGGUUUGCUUUGCGAUCUCCUGUGGUCAGACCCUAGCAAAGAAGUUCAAGGUUGGGGAAUGAAUGACAGGGGAGUGUCAUAUACAUUUGGUGCUGAUAAGGUCUCAGAAUUUCUUCAGAAACAUGAUUUGGAUCUUGUUUGUCGUGCUCAUCAGGUGGUGGAGGAUGGAUAUGAAUUCUUUGCUAACCGGCAGCUUGUAACAAUAUUUUCGGCACCUAAUUACUGUGGGGAGUUUGAUAAUGCUGGUGCUAUGAUGAGUGUUGAUGAGACACUGAUGUGCUCUUUCCAAAUAUUAAAGCCAGCUGAUAAGAAAGCAAGGCUCAAUUUCGGAAGUACAACAACUGCUAAACCAGGAAACUCUCCAGCAGGGGUAAAGUCCUUCCUUGGUGCAAAAGUAUGA